AUGUCAGAAAUUGUUGUUGCUGACCCUAUCAUUGAACCACAACGAGCAGACCAUGCACUUACAAUUGAUCAUUCUGCUGCUGCUAGUACUAGUGGUGCUGGUACUGGACCUGAGCCUUUUGAUAGUGAGAGGUUGCCUCCCACUUUGGCUGGGGAAAUUCAAAAGUUUCUUCGUGUUGCUAAUUUGAUUGAAAGCGAGGAGCCUCGUAUUGCUUAUCUUUGCCGCUUUCAUGCUUUUGAAGUAGCACAUAGCAUGGAUCGCAAUUCAAAUCAACGGGGUGUUCGCCAAUUUAAAACUUCUCUCCUUCAGCGACUUGAACAAAACAAAUCCUUACAGUUUGUAGCAUUAUGCUUGGAAAGCUUGGCAUACACCUAUCAAAGGCAGGUGGAAAAUGGACAGCUAAUGCCAGACGAAGUUCCUACCUUAAUGAGACGCAAGGACAAGAGUGAUAAACGAGAGCUCAAACGUGUUUAUAAUGCAUACAAGGAGUAUAUUAUGAAAAGUGGUGGAGCAUUUGAUUCAGAUGACAGUCACAGAGAGAAAUUGAUAAAUGCACAAAGAAUUGCUUCUGUGUUGUUUGAAGUAUUAAAAAGAGUAACAAAUGCUGCUGGUCCCCAGGCCCUUGCUGACAGGGAUAGUAUUCGUGCAAAAUCUGACCCCUAUGUACCAUAUAACAUUCUUCCUCUAGAUCAAGGAGAUAUUCAGCAUGCAAUUAUGCAAUUCCCUGAGAUUAAAGCUGCAGUGGCAGCUGUUUGUAACAUUCGAGGCUUACCUUCAGUCCAGGAUUUGCAGAAAUGUGGGCCUUUCAUGGAUUUGUUUCAAUUUCUUCAGUUUUUCUUUGGGUUUCAGGAUGGAAAUGUUGUCAACCAGAGAGAGCAUCUAAUUCUACUUCUUGCUAACACCCAUAUCAGGCAAUCUCACAAGCAGAUUUCUAUUAACAAGGAAUUGGAGAUGAUUCCCCUGCACCUCAUCCAGUGUCUGCUCUUUAAUGGCCUUUCUAAAGCUUUACUACCUGAGAUGGCAUAUGAAUUGCAUGGCCUGUUAAAUAGGGAGAAUGUCAUACCAGCAUAUGGAGGAGGGUUUGAGUUUUUCCUUAGAAAUGUAGUUAGCCCGAUAUACAGGGUUAUAUCUGAGGAAGCUCUGAAAAGCAAAAAUGGGACAGCUGAUCAUUCUACAUGGAGAAACUAUGAUGAUUUGAAUGAGUAUUUCUGGUCUCGUGACUGUUUUCAAAUAGGCUGGCCCAUGCAUCUGGAUCAUGAUUUCUUCUGUGUCAAGCCUUUAAAUAAAUCCAAACGCAAGAAUAUGGUAGAAGAAAAGAGAAAGAGAGAAGAAAACAAGGAUGAAGAAUUGGGAUUAAACGAAGAUGAAGAACUAGGGGCUACCUUUGAAGAAAUACAUGAACCAAAAUGGCUGGGGAAGACAAAUUUUGUAGAGAUUCGUUCAUUUUGGCAGAUUUUUAGGAGCUUUGAUAGAUUGUGGAGCUUUUUUAUUCUAUCCCUUCAGGCAAUGAUAAUUAUGGCUUGCCAUGAUUUGGGGUCUCCACUUCAAAUGCUUGACGCAGUAAUAUUUGAGGACAUCAUGAGCAUCUUCAUUACAUCUGCAAUUCUUAAACUCAUACAAGCAAUCCUUGACAUUGUCUUUACAUGGAAAACCAGACUCAUGAUGGAUAUUUUGUCAAAAAGGAAACAAGUGCUGAAGCUGGUUGUUGCAGCUACGUGGACUAUUGUUCUACCUGUCUGUUAUGCUAAAUCUAGGAGAAAGUAUACCUUAGAGAUGGUCUUAUUUUUCGUUCCGGUCAUUCACAAGUACAUUGAGGUCUCAAAUUAUCAGAUAUUCAAAAUAUUUUCCUGGUGGACACAGAUCAAACCGCUCAUAGAACCAACGAGACUAAUCUUGAAAAUAGGUGUGCAAAAUUAUGAUUGGCACGAGCUUUUCCCAAAAGUGAAAAGCAAUGUUGGUGCACUUGUGGCUAUAUGGACUCCAAUUAUAGUUGUGUAUUUCAUGGACACACAGAUCUGGUAUUCUGUUUUCUGCACAAUUUUUGGAGGAGUUUAUGGCAUUUUAAAUCAUCUUGGUGAGAUUCGAACAUUGGGAAUGCUGAGAAGCAGAUUUCACACUUUACCUUCUGCAUUCGAUGUUUGCCUAAUCCCACCUUCAGCAAAAAAUGAUCAGAAAACAAAAAGAAAUCUCUUUCACAGGAGAUUUCAUAAGGUUUCUGAAAAUGGAACAAAUGGUGUUGCAAAGUUUGUGUUGAUAUGGAACCAAAUAAUCAAUACUUUCCGGCUAGAGGACUUGAUAAGCAACUGGGAAUUGGAUUUGAUGACAAUACCUAUGUCAUCGGAGUUAUUUUCAGGCAUGGUUCGUUGGCCUAUUUUCCUACUGGCAAACAAGUUUUCAACAGCACUGAGCAUUGCUAGAGAUUUCGUGGGGAAGGAUGAGAUUCUUUUCAGAAAGAUUAAAAAAGACAAGUACAUGAAUUGUGCUGUGAAGGAGUGUUAUGAGUCACUCAAAUAUGUCCUUGAAAUUCUCAUUGUAGGCAAUCUGGAGAAAAGAGUUGUGUCCAGCUUGCUAAAUGAAAUUGAAGCAAGCAUGCAAAGGUCAAGUCUCCUUGAGGACUUCAAGAUGAGUGAGCUUCCAGCUCUAAAAGCAAAAUGUAUUGAGUUGGUUGAACUUCUGGUUGAGGGAAAUGCAAAUCAGCAUGAUAAUGUUGUGAAAGUUCUCCAAGAUAUGUUUGAGCUUGUAACCCAUGAUAUGAUGACAAAUGGUUCCAGAAUAUUGGAUUUAAUCCACUCUUCCCAACAGAAUAUUGAACAGACAGAAGAGAAUUUUGUUGAUUUUUCCAGAAGAAUUGAACCACAAUUAUUUGAAUCAGUUGCAGACAGGAAUUCUAUCCAUUUUCCAUUGCCAGAUAGUGGCCCUCUCAACGAACAGUUGAAGUGGCACAACUUUUAUCGACCAUUCUUGAUGCGCAUGGAAGGUCAUAAAGACCGUUCUUUGUGGGACUAA